GGGGGCUUCGCCUGUGGUGAGAGGCGAUGUCUCUGUAUCGCAACGUCGUCUGGUUUCUGAAAGGAAUCCACGAAUACACAAGGGAUGGAUACGAGGCUGCCUCGAAAGGUUUCCUGGCCCAGGACCUGGAUGUGUCUGUGGUGGGACGCUCCUUCAUGAUAACUGGAGCCAACAGCGGAAUCGGCAAAGCAACUGCGAUGGCCAUAGCAAAGAAAGGUGGCACAGUCCACAUGAUAUGUAGGAAUCAAGAUAAAGCUGAGGCGGCCAAGGCAGACAUGGUCAGGGAGUCUGGGAAUACGGAGGUACACGUCCACAUCGUGGACAUGUCAGAGACACGCAAGGUCUGGGAAUUCACAGAGGCGUUCAAGAGGGAGCAUUUCUCCUUGAAUGUGCUGAUAAACAAUGCAGGGUGUAUGGUCAAUAAGAGAGAAGUGAAUUCAGAGGGACUGGAGAAGAAUUUUGCUACCAACACUCUGGGAGUGUACAUCCUCACCCAGGGCCUUAUACCACUCCUACAGAAGAGCCGUGACCCAAGGGUGAUCACAGUGUCCUCCGGAGGCAUGCUGGUCCAGAAACUCGGGGUUGACAACCUCCAGUCAGAGAAGGGCUACUUUGACGGCACCAUUGUCUAUGCCCAGAACAAGAGACAGCAGGUGGUGCUGACGGAGCAAUGGGCUAAAGCCAACCCUGUCAUCCACUUCUCUGUGAUGCACCCGGGAUGGGCUGACACACCAGCUGUUGCUACGUCACUGCCUCAGUUUCACAAGAUGAUGGGAGACCGGCUGCGUAGCGCAGAGCAAGGGGCUGACACGGUGGUGUGGCUGGCCCUAUCCAGGGUUGCCUCCAGGACCCCCAAUGGACAGUUCUUUCAAGAUCGUAAGGCCGUCCCGGCCCACCUGCCUCUGGCUUGGACUCUCAGUUCCAAAGACGACGUCCAAUAUUUCAUGGCCCAGUUGGAAAGCCUGGCCGAGGCGUCCCAGUCUCGACCCAGUACACAGCCCAGUGCUGCCCUGGACCCUACCAGACCAUACGAAUAACCUCGACCUCUGUUUUCUCACAUUUGCCUCAAAAGUUAAUCCUUUCAAAUCAUCCACUUCUUUGUGCUUUAGUGUGCAGAUAUACAUUACUGUAAACGGCUCGAAAACCUCGCAGCUCUUACCUAAAUUUUGGACAGAGUAACACCAUUUCAUACUCUUAACAUUUAAGGCAUGACCAGAUGGACAUGUGAGCAGCGGUACCUGAUAACACCAGAUUUUUGCAAUGAAAAUAUGACCUAUAAAUUCAAUGACCAAAUACUUUAUUUGGAUUGAAUUGAAUAGCAAAUGGCA